UUCUGCACUCUGCAGUAUACUCGAGGCCUUUGGGCCAGUAAAACGUGUGUGUUUCUGUUUCUCUAGUUUAAUCUCAUCGAGUUCCUCCUGGUCUGCGCCAAGACACAGACGCGCAUCGACGAUACACUUGGACGUCCCUGCCGACGAGGUUUUGCUUGUUGCGACAUCAUCGAGACACACACACUCUCAACCACGAGAUCAGAAAGAAGAAAUUAAAACUUGGAGAAUUGCAGCCGCGUAAGUGCUGUUAGCAUGUCAGUGCCUUCGAUGGUACAUCGAGCAGGGUCCUCGCUGGUAGUGCGCAGCAUAGUAAGCGGCGACGCUCUCUACGAUCGUGACGACAUAGAUAAUAUCCUCGACGACGCCGACGACGACGCUCCACCGGGAAACCACGACGACGCCGUUAGCGAGCAUCUCAACAAAGAAUUGCCCGACUGCAAAGUCAAAAGAAACUAUACGUGCGUCGGCUGUGAUUUUUUUACCCAGAAUCCUCGCGUUUACUUGUACCACCUGCGCGAUGUUCAUAACGAGAAAGUGAAGAUUUACGAGUGCCCGAACUGCAUUUACGCCUCCAAGCAUUUCCAGAAGCUGCUCAGACACACGAAGAUGGUACACGAUGACUCCCCCGCGUCGGUCGCGAUCAAAAAACCGCACACCGACGAUGGUUCAGCGGAGGAAGACUCCCAUCCCGUCGUGUUUAAGUGUUCGGUGUGCACGUUCACCGGAAAGACGCCCGCGAUGCUCGCGAAGCACGAGCGCGAAGAGCACAUCAAAACGAAGUUCUUCCGGUGCUCGAAGUGCACUUAUGUAACGCACAUCAAAGCGCGUUACACGAAGCACGUCAAGUACCAUUCGAUGCCGAUGAUUAAGUGCGAGAUGUGCGAUUUCAGAACUCCGUACAAAUGGAACCUGGACAGGCACUGCAAGAACCACAACGGGCACGGGGCCUUCAAGUGUUCGGCCUGCAAUUUUACCGCCGAUAUCAAGCAGAGUUUGACGGUGCACGAGAUGAACCACCACGUGCCUCCGGUGGGCCAGGCGGCGGGCCUGGGAGUUGGGAGACGGCGCAAUAAGGUCGGCGCCAGCGAUACAACCCUCGCCGAAGAGGUCGGACAGCAAGAGCGACAAGCGCAAGCUCAGGUCAAAAGUGAACCGCUCUCGCCAGUGCCAGACAUCGAGGAGAAAAAGCCGAAGGUGAAGACACCAUCGAAGAAAUUCAACAUCGAUGGCAAAGAUUCCGAUUUCAUCAAUCCCGAAGAUAUAAUCCACCACGCCAAUGGCAAGAUAUACUUCAAAAACAAGUGUAAACAUUGCAAUUUCAAGACAGCUUGGGACAGUGAGAUGGCCAAGCACGAGAAGAAAGUCCACAACAUCGAGCGAGAAGACCUCAGACCGAUGAUUAAGAAGCCACGACCGGUGCCUAACCUCAUCCCGAUUCUCUCGCAAAACUCUCUACUUAAGAAACCCAAAUUGGAAGUGCCAGAAUAUACAGAACCGGUCAUGAGCCAAAAAGACAUUAACGAUAUUUGCGCCAAAAGUUCGAACAGUGUUCUAAAAGACUUCGCCUCUCUUUUCGGGUCCGAAGACGUCUUCAAAUCGUCGACUCCCAAAGUACCUGAUCUCAUACCUGCUGCUUUGUACAAUAACAAUAAUACCUCAACUAAGAAUAAUAAGAUAACUGACGUUUUUAAACAGAAAAAUGCUUCGUUUUUCGACAACCUUAGGGAAAAAUUAGAAUUGGGCACACUAGGAAACAGUAAUUUAGUUUGUAAUAUUUGCAAUCACGAAAGCAAGUGCCUUACCGAACACGUCAAACAUCAAAAAACUUGUGGAAAGGAACCAAAUAGGAACCAUUUUAUUAUUCCUUAUAGUAAGAGUUCUUCUAGAUGUCAAUUCUGUAGACAACGGUGUAAGUCCAGCACGGAUCUAUACAAUCACCUUCAAACAUGCCCAGAAGCUAGGAAAGCCCAAGAUCUGUUGGAGCCGAAAGAAGAGGAAGAGUCGGAUAAUGAAGGCGAACUAAGGAUAGAUGAAGGAAAAGACGAAAUGGAAAUGAAGCCUCAUCCAAUGGAGAAUAAGGUCUUCGUGUGGAACGAUAUCGUAGUACCAAUGGAUAUUGAAGUAGACGAUUCAAAUUACGAGUACACCGAAGAUAAAGUAGACGACAACGUUUCCUUAGACCUUUCCAUUCGGACUCAGUCUCCUCUGGACAGUGAAAAUAGCUGCUUGGGUCAAGAAUCUGUAACUCCAAAUAGUAUUCAUCAUUCACCACUGGCUAGUACGGAAAAGAUCCCUACCCAUGGUAAUGACAUUUCAGUGGCUCAACACAAACGUGUCUUUAAGUGUCCUCAUUGUACUUUUUGGGCCUCCACGGCUUCUCGUUUCCACGUCCACAUCGUGGGCCACUUAAACAAAAAGCCCUUCGAGUGUUCCUUAUGCGCGUACCGGUCCAAUUGGCGAUGGGACAUCACCAAACACAUUAAACUUAAAUCAGUUCGGGACCAAGCUCACGAGCAAGCUAAAGUUUUGAUGACUGAUGAAACGGGCAGAAGAAACUAUACCAAAUACAACAAGUACCUGACAGAAAUUCCUGUGACGAGCGAGCAGUGCAUGGAUACAAGUGGUGGUUGUGGCACAAGACCAAAACACCACGACAGAAAUUCCUCACCUUCGACCAGCAAAACUGAUCUACCUAAGUUAAAUAAGAUUCCAAACAACAAUGACUUUAGUCCGUUGAUGAAGAACACUUCACCUUUGAGGGGACCUCCGGCCUUGAAGAUCGCUGAUGGGACGUUUGUUACUGAAGUAUUAGACAAGAAGAGAAACAAUAGUGAGAGCAAGAGAACAUUAUUCAAAUGCAAGAAGUGCAAUUUCAAGGACGCUUCGAGGGACAUCCUGUUGCAGCACGUGAAGGGCCACUACCAACAACACCCUUUGUCGUCGUCGCACCCACCUGGAGCAAUGGCAGCAUCGAUACCGACUUCGCCGUUGGCGUCGCAGGAGCGAGCGUCGACCAGCAUCAUCGGUGACAUCAGUGGCGUAGCGCAGGAUUUGAGUUUAAGGGGUACGAGUCCUGAUAGAGAUGAGGCAAGUGUAAAUAACAUAACUGGUGGGAAGGGAAGCGGCGGUACUGCCCCCUUCCGAUGCGGUCAUUGCAACCAGGUAUCUAACUGGAAGCAUGUCAUCCAGAGACACUGCAGAUUAAAACACAGUGGAGAUAUCCGAGUUAUCAGCAGCAAGCACGGCCACGAAAAAAUUGAAGUAGAAGAAGUUUCCGACGAACCAGACCACAUCGAUGUCAGCCAAGAUGGAUCCUUGAAGUGUACUGUUUGCCCCUUUUCCAGUGACGACAAUAUGGAAUUCGAACAACACCUUUCAGGACACGUCCCUGCAGAAGACAGCAUAUUUAAAUGUUAUUAUUGUAAAUUCUAUGUUAGCCAGAAAGAAGAUAUCAACGAUCAUUUGAAGUUGCAUGGUAUAUCCGAUCCUGAGGAAUUUCUAAGCAAAAUGGCUGAAAAAUCAGUGAUUGAUGGUGACAGCAAAAAAUUCAAAUGUAUGACUUGUCCUUACGUUACAAACUCUAAAUCUCAAUACACUUAUCACAAGCAAUUCCAUAAACCAAGAGGCGGCCAGUACACUUGCAGUCAUUGCUCUUAUAAUGUCAGUAAACGACAUCUUCUUCACCAACAUCUCAAAGUUCAUGGUAUCAAUAUAGCUACUCAUAAACAAAACGGCGAAACUAUGUACUUAGACGAAAUGACAGAUGACAUCGAAGAAAUAACUCAGUCGUCUUUCAACAUCAACCUCCAAAGCUUACCAGAUAUACCAUUAGUGUGGGUUUCCAAAAAUGGAAAGUUUUGUAAAAUGUUCAAAUGUAGAUAUUGCCCACACGUCAACUUAAGAAAAGUAAACAUACAAGAACACGAAAAAAUGCAUAGUAUACGGGACAAAUCCUCCAACGCUUCCAAAACUAACGAAGUCGAACAUAGAUGCACAGAAUGUAACUACAUAUGUGCCAACGCAGGUGUACUAUCAUCACAUUCUAAAGUCCAUCAAGGAUCAAACGGUAUAGUCCAUCGACUGGUAGAUCCGUCUAAAACCGACGAAGAGCAAAUCAAAGAAUUGAGUAGGUCAAUUGGACUUCAUCUUGUUCCUGAGGCUACCACUCAGGACGACUUCGAAGAACUGAUGGACGUUGAAGAAAUUGAUAGCUCUUCGGGUACGGGAACGGUUCUUUACUUCUGUAAAGAAUGCCCUGCUAGGUUCCUUAAGGAAAACGAGUUUGGAAUCCAUAAGAGAUUCCACGGAUCUAAGUUAUUUUUCAAAUGCCAUCAUUGCACCUACACUUCCCGAGAAAGACCUCAUAUUGCAUCUCAUUUUAAAGUACACACUAGCGAAUACCAAGAUAGAACCAAAGUUUUGCAAGGCAUGUAUAUAGUCAGUUCGAAUUACCCCAGACCAAACAUUCAAAAAAUAAGAGACGAUCAUGGGGAACCUAUUUGGACCGUAGUGGAGAGUACCUUAUGUAGUCUUUUAAACAAACCCGUGAAAUCCUCACAAAAUGUGCCAUUGUCAGGAACAGACCUGUUUCUGCAAAAAUCUGAAGCUGAGCAAAAACACGCGGCCGAAAUGGACAGAGAACCGUCGCCUCCUAGAAUAUUAGAUUAUAAUAUAGCUGAGUUAAUGAGGGGGAAUCCCGAUUUUAUUUACCAGCCUAUAAUGAAAAACGGCCGGUUGAAAGAGAAGCGAUACAAGUGCCAUAUGUGCCCUACCGCUUUUGAAAAAAGAGAACAGUAUAAAGUACAUUUGGGUCUCCACGGGGCCAAACAACGUUACAAAUGCGAAGACUGUGAUUAUUCCGUCAAAUACUAUGCGAAUUAUGUACAACACUUGAAGAAACACAAGAUGAACGCUGAUGCACACGCAGCCAGACGCUCCAGUGAAGAUUCUGAAGAAAUCGAUGAAUCACUUGAAGUUACCAAUGCAAUUAGUCAAGAAGAAUCCGUGGGAAGUACCGCCGAUCAACAGAUCGACACGUUACUUCAGUUACAAGACAGAAGCAUGCAAAUAAAGGAAGAAGACAAGAAAUACUUUUGGUGUUCGUUUUGUCCGUACUCUAGCAGUAGAAAGGACGCUGUGGACAAUCACCAAAAGCGUCAUGCUUGUAUUUCCGGUUUAACGAAUGCUUACACCUGUGACUAUUGUGAUUAUACUGUACCACAAAGUCACUACCUCCGUGAACAUAAGAAGUUACAUUUCUUACAAAGUAAGAAUCACCAAGUGGAAGGCUUCAUGAGUUGUGAUAAUAUGAAGCUCGUGGAGGAAAACGGUGCUGAAGAGAAGGUUUUGUUCGAAGAACAUGAUUUGGAAGGAUCGAAGUUUUCUCCUCCGGUGAAAACCGAAGUUUCGAAUCGGUUCAACAACAACGAAGGAGAAAAACAAUAUAUUAAUGUACAAACUGGUGAAUUAGUCGAAGGAAAAGAAGUCAGUGAUACGCAGUCUGUAGCAGAUUGCAAAAUGGAAGUAAUUUAGUCAGACUUCUAGUGAUAAUUGUAAUACCUACUUUAAUUUAUCGGAAAAUUACUUAAUACUUAAUAAAUUUCUAUCGUGUUAACAAUGCCUUAGUCAUAGAGUAUUUUUACAAGAGUAUUUUCACACGAUGUUAGAGAAAAAUUAAUAAUUGUAGUAUUAUCACCCAUUUUCAUACUUAUAAUAUUUCUAUGUAUAUAUCUUGUUCUGUUAGAAAGUAUUAAAUUUAUUUUCAUGGGGUUUAAUGCCAAAGCAUUCAAUGCCAAAAUUUGCCAUAACUUUAUUGUUGUUUUUGUUUUACAGAAGAGAAAUAUAUGAAUAAAAACGUAUAAA